AUGCAGGAUGAACCAGCUUUAGAGGCCUCGCAAGACAUGAAAUUCGAAACCGCUUCCGCCGCCGACCCGAUAUUGGAGGCCUCCAAGAACGACGACGGCAGUACCGUGAAGCGCGCUAGGGAAGACGAUGAUGAGGAAGCGGAAAAACAGAAGAAACCAAAGGUCGACAAUGAAAUAGUGGAAAAGAAAGAAGGGUUGGAGUCGGGUGCUGUCAGUGCGGGUCCGAAGACAUUCUACUCAUCCGAGGAUAUGUUUGAAUACUUCUAUAAGAUUCUUCAUUUCUGGACUCCCAAUCUUAAUAUCAAUAAGUACGAACACAUGGCGUUGUUGGAAUUGCUCAAGAAGGGUCAUUUGGAGCCGGAGAAAAAGAUUGGUAAUGGGAUUAAAGCGUUCCAAGUCCGAUACCAUCCUCAGUUCAAAAGUCGAUGCUUCUUCCUUGUAAGGGAGGAUGAAUCUAUUGAUGAUUUCAGCUUCAGGAAGUGUGUGGAUCACAUACUACCCCUGCCAGAAAACAUGCAAAUAAAACAUGAUGUCAACAAAGCAUUGCGCGGAAAAGGUGGUGGCCAUGGCCGUGGACGUGGACGUGGACGCGGCAGAGGAGGAAGAAAUUGA